UUGCAUCAACUUUUCAAGUCGAUUCUACAUCAGGACAGGUUACUCUAGCCGCUGUAUUAAACUAUGAUCAACAAACAUCACAUGAAGUUAAAAUUCUAGCUUCUGAUGGUGGUAGUCCAAGUUUGAGUUCUACAUCAACAAUACAAGUUACUGUGGCUGAGACCAAUGAACCCCCGGUGUGUCCGGUCAGUACAUCAGUAACUUUACCAGAAGCCUCUACUGUAGGAACAACUGUAUCAACCAUUACUUGUACCGACGCCGACACAGGAGCAAACGGGCAGAUUUCCUAUCAAAUCGACGCUACCAACGCUGCUGUGGUUGUAUCAACUUUUCAAGUCGAUUCUACAUCAGGACAGGUUACUCUAGCCGCUGUAUUAAACUAUGAUCAACAAACAUCACAUGAAGUUAAAAUUAUAGCUUCUGAUGGUGGUAGUCCAAGUUUGAGUUCUACAUCAACAAUACAAGUUACUGUGGCUGAGACCAAUGAACCCCCGAAUUGUCCUUCCAGUACUUUGACUACAGGUGUAGAAGAAUCCACCACUGUAGGGACUGCUGUUCUUACUGUGAGCUGUACAGAUUCUAAUUCCGGCGCUAAUGGUCAAGUUUCUUAUACAAUAGAUGGUACAAGCACAUUUGAAGUUGGAUCAACAUCAGGAAUUAUUACACUAAAGUCUGUACUAAAUUAUGAUCAACAAACAUCUCAUCAAUUUAAGAUUAUAGCUGCUGAUGGUGGUAGUCCUAGUCUCAGUUCUACAUUAAAUAUAGAUAUUAGUGUUGUGAAGACUAAUGAAGCCCCGGUGUGUCCGGUCAGUACAUCAGUAACUUUACCAGAAGCCUCUACUGUAGGAACAACUGUAUCAACCAUUACUUGUACCGACGCCGACACAGGAGCAAACGGGCAGAUUUCCUAUCAAAUCGACGCUACCAACGCUGCUGUGGUUGUAUCAACAUUUCAAGUCGAUUCUACAUCAGGACAGGUUACUCUAGCAGCUGUAUUAAACUAUGAUCAACAAACAUCCCAUGAAGUUAAAAUUCUAGCAACUGAUGGUGGUAGUCCAAGUUUGAGUUCUACAUCAACAAUACAAGUUACUGUCCAGCGAGCUGUGGUUAAUGCUGCGCCACCAACAUGUACACCAGCAAUUUCUGUAAACAUAACGGUGACAGAACCCAUAGACACGUUGAUAGCAGAUUUGAAUUGCUCUGAUCCGGACCCAGGAGAUUCCGUAACUUUAAGCUUUCAAAGUGGCAACACGGAUACACAGUUCAAAAUAAGUGGAGGAAAUAUUCUGUUAGCUAAAACCUUUACAGAGCAAGUUACAUAUAAAUAUGUGAUGGUCAUCCUUGCUACUGACACCAACAGCGAGACGGCAACAGUUUCACUGACGGUAGAGGUUGUUAAUGUAAAUAACAACCCACCUGUAAUCACUGGAUUACCAACAACUGCUAUCAACGUCCUGGAAUCAGAUCCCAUAGGAAAACUCAUAACAACAUGUACACAUUCCGACCUAGACCCUAGCAACACUUUAGCUGGACAAACCAGAGUUGGCAUUUCUAAACCAUUUGGAGCUGCAGCCCGGAAAUGGGUGAUAGACAGUCAAUCAUGUGAGCUAUACAUCAACACAUUAUUGGAUUAUGAAACUACUAAAGAGUAUAAAGUGGAUAUAUUAGUCUGGGACCUGGAUCCUCACAAUCCACGAACGACAACUCAACAAAUAACCAUUAAUGUUCAAGAUGUGAAUGAUAAUCCACCGAGUUGUACGGAAUAUUUAUUGGUUGCGCCGACGUUGUCAACAACGACGAUAGGUGCGUCAAUAACUAACAUCAACUGUUCAGAUCCAGAUGUUGGUAACAGCGGCCUGGUGUCAUUCCAACUCGACGUUUCAAACAGUGCUACUGUUAUCAAUCUCUUUGAUGUCGAUAAUACUGGAAAACUAACGCUGAAGUCAGCAAUAACCGGUACCAUGCCAUUCUAUGAAGUACUGAUUAGAGUCCAAGAUGCUGGUUCACCAAGUCUAUUUACUCUAGUUUUGAUACGAGUUGUCAUUACUGACGUACCACAAGAUGGCGUACAACCAGAUAGUGCUUUCACAGGAGUAUUACCGCCACCAUCACCUGAACUACCUACUCCUUUAGAUACCAGAAAUAAACCUGCUUUACCUCCAACAGGAGCUGCCAACAUACCAGUCUGUGCCUUGUAUGGUUUAAAUAUUGUUAUACCAGAAACUACGGCAGUUGGUGAGACAUUGUAUAAUUUAGGAUGUACUGAUCCAGAUGGCGACACUUUAACCUAUUCUAUAGAUAAAGGAGAUGGCUACAGUAAAUUCGAUGUUUCUACCGGAUCACUGAAAGUCAUAAAAGAAUUUAACGCGGAUUUUACAUUUAAAUUUUCGCUGUAUAUCACAGUCACCGACGACAGUCCUAGUAAAUUAAGUACGAUGAUUAUCAUUGGCCUGUUUGUCACCAAUGCUAACGAUAAUACACCAGUCAUAAAGAAUCUACCAUCCAUUAUUGAAGUCAGUGAAGCGAAACCAUUCGGUGCUGUGAUCAACAAAUGUAUUAUAAAUGACAAGGACAACAAACAUGGCGACCUACCGGGACAAACUCGGGUCGGAUUGGCUAAUCCAAAUGACGCUGUAACGAAGAAUUUCCUGAUAGACAGUGUAUCGUGUAAUCUCUACGUUAAUACUGAACUGGACUUCGAGACUACACCUAGUUAUGUAUUAACUCUGCUUGCCUGGGAUCUUGAUCAAACCGUCCCAAAAACUGCUACCAGUACGUUUACCGUAAUUGUAACAGAUGCCAACGAUAACGCACCGGUUUGUCAAGCAACAUAUCCCGCCACUCUCGCAGAAGACGCCGCCAUCGACACCCUUGUGAAAACUGUUGUGUGUACUGAUGCCGAUACCGGGGAUAACCAGAAAGUGUAUUUUAAAAUGGACGAAAGUAACACGGCUCUGGUGAAGGCAAGUUUUGAUGUAAGUGGCACGAGGGGUGAUGUAACACUACAGGCUAGUUUAGAUUACGAAACGCAGACUUCCCACGAGGUUAAAAUUAUCGCGUACGAUGGUGGUAGUCCAAGUCUCAGUUUUACAUCAACUAUACAAGUUACUGUAACGGACGUGAAUGACGGAACAGCAACACAGACAUAUUCCGCUCCUACAUACACGUCUAAACCGGAUGUGGUGGUCAAUCUCGAACAACUGGGUCCUGGUGGAGCAGCCAGUUAUAAGUUUACUUGUGCUUUCCCCCUGGAUACAAAUCCUCUCCACUACCUGGUCAAGUGGUUUAUUGAUGGUUACCCAGUCUAUUCAACUCCCAGGAUACCCAAUACAGCAGAUGUUCAGGAUCUGACGAAACUAACAGAGGCUAAGCUAGCGGAGCUUGGGGUCACAACUGUCGGGUUCAGUAUCAAGUGUGAAUUCCGUGCCAGUUUUGAUAUCAAUUCGUUUUUAGGUGGCAAUUCAACCAGUGAUGACAAAUUCAUCGGAAUCAAGGUAUUGACUAAGACCGUUAAUAUUAAACAAGGAGAAGAAGGUGUUAUACAGAUCCAGGCUACAGCACCUAUUGGUUGUCAGACUGGUGGAUGUAGCUAUCCUCUAUAUACUUAUAUAGAACAGAAUGGAUUUGGCUGUUCUCUAAAAACAUCACCCACAGAAUCAUGUGGCGUCAAUAUACCAGCCGCUAGCUACAGUGAUGUUUAUGAAGUCAAGGUGAAAGGGGGGAUAACCUAUCAAUACGGCCGUGGAAUUUCAACAUCGAUCCUCAAGCUACGUGCACCGGAAGUAUUCGCUGAUCAUCCUAUCUGGUCUAAUUAUGUCCUGGAUGACGUCACGGUGAAUAUUGAACAGAACACGGCCUUGAUUGAAGGCUCGAAAUGUGCAGCCUUCGUUGAUCCUCGAAUUGUGACCUUUGAUAGAGGAUUACUAGAUUUACAAGUUAUGGGAACUUACACUCUAUAUAAGCGUGGGGAUCAAGAGAUUCAGAUCCAGACGUAUCAAUGUGAUGCUGAUCUUAGUGCAUGGUGUGUAUGUGGUGUAGCUAUACGUGCUGGUCGAGAUGUUUAUCUCAUGAACAAAUGUGGACUGGAAUUCCAUGACCUCAGAUACUCAUACUGUGAAGAGACUUCCAGUGAUGUGCUCAAAGUUGAAAAAUUUGAAACCUUGUAUCAGGUAUAUCUACCCACCGGUACACGAGUCAAGGUGUUUAUGAGACCAGAUAAUAUGAACGUAUUUAUUUAUCCUUCUGUCAUGGAUAUUGGUGUAUCACGUGGUUUGUGUGGUAAUUUGUCUGGUAACUCUAAAGAUGAUCUCAUUCUUAGAAAUGGAGUCCAAUCUGUGGAAACAGUCUCGCGUGCCAGAUUUGAACCCGCUCCUGCUUUCUUCAACUCAUGGAGCGUCUCAGCAGGUGACAGUUUAUUCGCAGAGAACUAUGGCAGUCUGACUGGUUACACGGGAGGAGCGUUCGCCUAUAAUCCCGACUCUUACCAAUGUCAACCACUAACUACCCCCGUGACAGGACAAACUGGUCCUGUCAGUAGUACAGCUUGUAAUCUAUUCUCUAACGUUAACCGGGUUGUCAGGGACGAACUGUAUAUUCCCGUCGAGAAAAGGAAUUGCGGGUCUGGUGGUAGUGCGCGAAAAAAGAGAUCGGCACCAAUUUAUACUGGCGAGGAGAAUAGUGAAAAGAUAACGUUGUCCAGGCGUAAACGGAAUGUGGAGUGGAAGAAUGGCUGGACACUCGAAUCUACUGAGAAAUAUUGUAAUGAGCUGUUUAAUACGUCGUCUAUGGUGUCCCUAUGUAAAGAUCUUUCAUUGGUUGAUGUAUAUAGUGCUAAGGUUGCAUGUAUCAUGGAUAUUCAGUUAACUGGCAACAACACGUUCUCUCUAGCUGCCAUGAGCAGUAUCAGAAGUCAGUGUGUCCAUGAACUCAACUCUAAUGAAACGUUCUUUGUUCCUGCUAUCCCGGGUCAACCACCUAUUUAUGACCUCAUCUCUGCUGUCACGUGUCCAGGAGAAUGUACUCAGCAAGGUUCCUGUAUUGAUGGUAUUUGUGAGUGUUAUGGAGGAUUUGGUGGUGUUGACUGUUCGGUUGAUAUUCGUACCAAACCGCUACUGGUCAAACUCCACAAUGGUGGCCAUUGUGAUUUAAAGGGAGACAAUUGUACGGAAGUAACAGCUUUUGGUGAAACUUUUGUUCAAACACCCAAAACCAGUUGUAAAGCCACAUAUUUUGAGAAAAGAGAAACGGGUGAAAUGGAAAUAUCAGUGGGCGUGGCUACCGCACCGUACCUAGAGAGUAUCAGCGAAGCUGUUUGUCAAGUACCGGAGCGACCAGCUCUAUCGUCUAAACCUAAUCCCCACGAGUUUAUCACUGGUUAUUUGAUCUCGUUCAGUAAUGAUGGUAGCACCUACAGUAAACCUAACUAUAUGGCCAUAUAUAACUCAGAUUGUCAACAAUGUGAUGUCACAUCUGAUGGUGUAAAUUGUACUUUCAAGACACCUUCAUGCAUAUCUGGUGGCCAGUGUUAUAGUGAUGGAGCUGAAUAUCAACACAAUUCAUGCUAUACUUGUGCAGCUAACAUCACCCACCGAGCAUGGGUGCGCAAAGAUCUUGAAGAAUGUGAAGAGGAAGAAGAGGAGUCCAUGUUGUGGGUUAUUGGAGCUGUAGCUGGUGUUCUUAUAUCUGUCGCUUUAAUGGCGGUUAUUAUAUAUCUCAUCAAAAGAAAGAACAAGAUUUCAGCAUCAAGAACAUUACUUGAUCCAGAAGGAAAGUCAGCCGGGAAUUACAAAAAAACAGACGCUUUUGAACACAAAACAGCUAUUUAAAUGUAUUAUUUAAUAAGUAGUCUAAUUAGUCGUGUAUUUUAAUUUGUGUGUUUUAUUCCGCAAGUGCCAUGAAAACUAUAUAUCUUCAAUCCUAUCCUUCCACUCGUUCGCCUACCGUUAGUGGUCAGUUGGUCACUAUAGCAUGUGAUGUGUUUCAAUCUUUGUGUUUUAUUCCGCAAGUGCCAUAACAAUGUAUAUUUUCCAUAUUGUGCUUUUUACUCGUCGAUCACGUAUAUUUAACCCCUUCUCUUAAAGUUGCAUUAUGUAAUAUUGAGCUGGUCGUACUUGCUAUAAAAGUUUAAAAAGAGAUAAUGAAAAAUCAAUAUAUUGUAAAUGUCAAUCCAAUUACUUUAUUUUGAAUAAGUUGUGAUUGUUAAGUACCACUCCUACGAUAAUAAACAAAUUCUCACUUAUCCAUUUUUACCGUAAAUUAUCAAAUGGCGCAGGAGUUCUAAUCCAUUCAAUAUCCAGGCCAUCAAAUGAGCUGAGUUGAGUAUUGGCUUGUCGUGUGAAGAAAUGUCUAAUUAAUAAUUUUAUGACAUUUGAAGCCUUAAAAAGAACCUGCAAUAGGCAAAUUUAACUCUUACAUAAUGCACCUUUAAGCUCAAUAUCAAUUUUGCACCUAUUCAAAAACACAAAUUUUAAUGUGUAGCCUACCCAGCUCGCCGACGAGGUUUUUUAUUACGUCCCCUUUUAUAUACACAUUUAAAAUACCCCUGCUUUGUAGUAUUUUUUUUAUCCCAACCUGUGUAAAUAAUAUUAGUAUUCAACUAGUGAAUUUAUAAUAUUUAAUUCAUUGAAUGUGUUCAUAAAUAGUCUAGAUUUAAUUUGACUUUUUACAAACUGCAGCUGUUAAGAUUUUAAAUUUAAACCCUGAAUAUUUUUUUUUUUUGAAAAAAAGAUUAAAAACAACCCCACAAUUUCAUUUUAUUAAUUUUUUAAAAAAAACCCCCAACCUUUCUAUGUAGGCCUAUGUAAAAAAUGUUAACAAAAUUCAAUUCGGAAAUAGACAACAGACCCGCUUUAUGAAUUUGUAUUUUUUUUUUACCCGGUUUCUAAAUAUUGGUUUAAUGCCAUAAAACCACUACAGAUUUAUCACUCGCAUCUAGCUUUUGUUUUAUAAACUGCUAAUAAAAAAUAAGUUUAGUUA